AUGUUGUGAACUGAUCACAUAAUAUUGUUUUCCCUGUUUUACAUGUUGUUUAUUAUAAAUAUGCAAUCUUUUAAUAUUGUUAAAUCAUUUUAAAAUCAAUAAAUAUAUAGUUACAUGAUUAAAAAUAUUUAAAAAAUGAACACUGUUGAAACGUUUCAAUUAGAUGUAUGGAAAGGUGAUUGGGGUUUACCUUCUAUAGACAUUAAUUGUCUUCAAGCACUGGCCUAUGCGAAAUUUUGUAAAAUUCCACUGAAAGUAAACGCAACAAAUAAUCCAUUUCGAAGUCCGAAUGGUCAGUUACCAGUCUUACGACAUCAAUACGGCACUGAUUAUACAAUUAAAAAUAUUUUACAAUUUUUUCGAGUUAAUAAUUAUUGCCUUGAUUUUGGAUUGAGUCCGAAACAAUGCGCGGAUGUAAACGCAUACGACACUAUGCUCAAGGAAGAAAUAUUUCCAGCACUACAAUUUAUAUGGUGGGUUGACGAGAGAAAUUAUCGACAAGUCAUUAGACCAUGGUACGGAAAAGCAAUGCCAUUUUUAUUAAAUUAUUAUUAUCCUGUAAAAUACGAGACAGAGGCAAAGAAUUUAAUGGAAUCGUUAUAUCCCACCGAGGAUGAAAUUACAAAUAUCGAAACUUACGUUUAUGCGAAGGCACAAAAAUGUUUAACUUUACUUUCAAAUCGUUUGGGUGAUAAGGAUUAUUUUUUCGGUUCAUCGCCAACUACACUCGAUGCCAUUGUCUUUUCCUAUUUGGCGCCAAUAUUAAGAAUACCAUUGCCAAAUUCAAGACUGACAACACACCUCAAAGCUUGUACAAAUUUGGAAAAUUUCAUCGUGAGAAUAUCGGUGAAAUAUUUCGAAUAUGAAUAUAGAUCGUACGAGAGUGAGAAGACGAAAAAUAAUUCUGAACCAAAGAAAAAUGAGGACGAUGUGGAUUUUCCAAAUAAAUCGAGAAAUAAAAUUUUAGCGGCAAUUUUUGCCGUUACUGCCAUGUUAGGCUAUGCCACAGCUAGUGGAAUUUUAGAGGUGGUAACUUAUUUAAUAAGACACAGAAAGUUUCUUAGAUUAUCUAAAAAAGCACGAAAACGUACCGACAAAAAAUGAAGACAGCGAUUUCGACUCCACCGAAUAUAUGUUUAAUAAUCAAGAUUUUGACGACGAAGAUUAUGAAGAGGAAUAACAUUCGGUGAACUGACAUUUUUAAUAAAAGAAAAAUAGACUUUUUUUUAAAUUUAAAGAAAAAAAAUAGUUUAAGUUAACACUUUUUGUGUAAAGAUAGCACGUCGUGCCAGAAAUGUUUUUUUUU